AUGAACCCCCUCACUGCCUCACGCGCCCACGGCCUCGGCAUGCCCACUCAACUGCUUGUGGGCAUGCUGGUGCUCCUGUCCCUGGCUUCGACGUCGAGCUGCUACAACGUCACCGGGAUCCCUGUCGACUUCGACUGCGGGGACAUUGGCGACACCAUGAGUCAGAUCUGCAAGACGUUCCCCACGGCCAGGCCUUACUCGCGAGUGUCAAGGUCAGCUGAUACCGACGACCUCUGGCAUGACACGGGAGCAGAUCAGACCACGCCCCUUGACCUGCUCCCUCGCCAGUAUCGCCUCCACCCCCGGGCCUUGAACCCGAUGCGAAAUCUCGAAAGGGACCUGAAGCACAUCCUGGUGAGCCCCGAAGCCGCGCACGCCCUCGUCAAGACAUCCGGGAGUCGCGCGAAGAGAUCCUACAACGUGCAGGACGAGUGCUGUAACCACGUGAGCCAGCGGACGUGUGUGGCGGAGGAGAUUCUGGAGUAUUGCGAGGACCCGGUACCUUAG